UUUUUUUCUUUCUCCCAUAGAAGCUGAGUCCAGAGAGGAUUUAUCACGUCGUGGUGGCUCCCUGCUUUGAUAAGAAGCUGGAGGCUGUCAGAGAGGAGUUUUACAACAGUCUACUGGAGACCAGAGAUGUUGACUGUGUCCUCACCUCCAAGGAGAUCUACCGCCUGAUGCAGAAGAGGAAAAUAUCUGUGGAGGAACUGGGCUCAGUCCCACUGGACCAUCUGCUGGGUGAAGGUGGGGACGUGGCGCUGAUGAGGCAUGACGGUAGAGGCUCCGAAGGAUUCCUGGAGCACGUGUUCAAACACACGGCGAAGGAGGUGUUCGCCAUCGACGUGCAGGAAAUCACAUACAAAACCCUCAGGAAUCGUGACUUCCAGGAAGUGACGCUGGAGAAAGACGGGGAAACGCUGCUGCAGUUUGCUGCCAUCUACGGUUUCAGAAACAUCCAGACGUUGGUGCACCGGAUGAAGAAGGGCCGCCUGCCGUACCAGCUGGUGGAGGUGCUGUCCUGCCCUGGAGGGUGCCUGAGUGGCCGAGGUCAGGCCGAGAGCGAGGCGGGCGGCCGGGUCGAUAAAGGCCUGGUUCAGCAGAUGGAGGAGGUCUACAUUAGCCUGCCGGUCCGCCUACCAGAACUCAACCCCGUCCUGAACAAGCUGUAUCAAGACUGGCUGCACGGCCCCGACUCGGAUCAGGCCAGCAAGCUGCUACACACAGAGUUCAAAGGGCAAAGCCAGAGCAACACACAGCCUCCACACAUGGAGUGGUGAAAAAAAUAACAGAAAAAUUCGUUUUGCAAUUCUGAACCAAUGAAAAAGAGCAGGAAGUGAACCAUGCAGCAGAAGGGGGAAAAAAAGUCAUUCAUUCUUUUAACCACAGGGAGGCGCUGUCUGCUUUAAUAAACAGAAACAGUCCACAACAACCCGUGCUUUCCAUUCCCGCUCACUGCAGCGGCGCUGUCAGCACGUCGGGAUCAGAGCUACCAGAGGAAUCCGUGGCGCUGCAGCUGUUCUGGGAAAACGGGAACAGCUGAAAGAAGUUGAGUUUCAUCAGCAUGCAGAGCAAUAAGGCCACAUGUGGAACUCGCAAACCCAUGGGAAUGCUAUGAGUUUUAAUAUAUUCCAGAUCUGUCUUUCCAGUAUGGAAGCUGCUGGGUUUUUUUUAUUUAGUUUUAAAGCUGUUUGCUUUGUCGCUGUCACGACACAACAAAAUGUGUGCAACAUAAAGCUAACUAUGCAACAGCAUCUUAUCUCUACAUACAGGAAGGAAGGAGGGGGUCAGGGUAUGAAAAGUAGUUAUUUUAAGUGGUACUCAUGUUUUUAUUCAUAUGUUUUCUUCCAAUUCCAUACGCAUUUUUUUAUUAAGUUAUAUAUUUGUGUUCAUAUUAAGCGACCAAACAUACCUGUGACAUGUAAAGAACUAAAAUAUUCUCCAAACCAAUGUGAUUUCUGUUGCUGUUCUGAUUAUAAAGAACAUUUAAACAUUA